UCAGUCUGUCCCAUUGAGCUGUCAACACAGCAACAAUCCACUCUGCCUGUCUGUUGCGACAACAUUUUUUUUAUUACUUAGUCCAUUUUUCUCUUCAACGACGUUUUCCUUCAGAUAACAGCUACUCUCGUCUCACUAUGACUCGAAGGUGAUCUUCAGAGUAUCCAGGUGGUUCUGGGGUUCCAGGUUGGUGUGGUGAGAGAGCAAUCUAAUUGCGGGGAGGAGGACCGCCUGGGGCAUUGGGUCCCUGGCUUUCAAGUGACUAAAGGCAAACUGUUCUGCAGCAUGGAGAAGGAAGACCUGAAGGUCCUCAAUAAAGGGGAGGAGGAGGAGAUGGAGCUGCAGGGCUACCGUCUGUGUCGUUGGCGGCUGGCCCUUGUGGGCCUCGGGGUGCUGUGUACAGGGGGCUUCCUCCUCCUGCUGCUCUACUGGAUGCCAGAGUGGUGCGUCAAAUCCACCUGCACCCGUACCACAGCCUGUGAUGCUGAAGUGUUAUUGCUGCGCUCCACGGAUGAGUUCCGGCGCUGGUUCCUGGCCAGGGUGCGAGUGAUGCUGGCCCCAGGGAGCAACCCCUUCCACAGCCUGGAGACCCAGACCACCUCCCCCUCCUCCCCUUCCUCUCCUUCCUCCCCUGCAUCUCCCCCUCUGGCCAACGGACAUACUCCCCACCCCUCCGAUGGCAGCCCCGCUCAGGAGCUCAUCAGAAGAUUUGCCGACUACCAGCCCACACAGAUUCGCUAUUUUACCUUCCAUAGCACAAAGUAUUACUGGAACGACGAGGUGCAGAACUUUGAAGUUUUAACCGGCCUGGAAGAUCUGCAGGUCAGCUGCUCCACCCUCCACUCGGAGCACAGUGCAGGCCUGACGAGGAACCAGCAGGAGUACAGGAGACUGUUCUUCGGAGUGAAUGAAAUUGCAGUGAAAGUGCCUUCUGUUUUCAAGCUGCUUAUCAAAGAGGUCCUCAACCCCUUUUACAUCUUCCAGCUCUUCAGUGUGAUCCUGUGGAGUGCCGAUGAGUAUUACUACUAUGCUGUGGCCAUUGUUUUCAUGUCCGUCAUAUCCAUAGCUACCUCUCUGUACACCAUCAAAAAGCAAUACGUCAUGCUUCACGAUAUGGUGGCAGCUCACAGUAUUGUCCGUGUGUCUGUAUGCCGAGCCAACAAUGAAAUCGAAGAGACUUUGUCUACUGAUCUGGUGCCCGGUGAUGUGAUGGUCAUCCCCAGCAAUGGGACCAUCAUGCCAUGUGACGCCGUGCUGGUCAGCGGCACCUGCAUCGUCAAUGAAAGCAUGCUCACAGGUGAGAGCGUUCCUGUGACAAAGACCAACCUCCCAAACCCAGGACCAGGGGAGAGUGGGGAGGAGGCUGACAGUGCCUACAACACAGAGGAGCAUAAGAGACACACACUCUUCUGUGGCACCAACGUUAUCCAGACCCGCUUCUACACAGGCGAACUGGUCAAGGCUGUGGUGGUCCGCACAGGUUUUGGCACAGCCAAAGGCCAGCUGGUGCGCUCGAUCCUUUACCCAAAACCCACCGACUUCAAGCUGUAUCGUGAUGCCUACCUCUUCCUGUUGUGUCUGGUGGCUGUGGCUGGAAUUGGCUUUGUCUACUCCAUUGUCCUCAGCAUCAUGAACAAGGUGCCAGCUAAGACCAUCAUCAUUGAGUCCCUGGACAUCAUCACCAUCACUGUUCCACCGGCGCUGCCAGCCGCCAUGACAGCUGGCAUUGUGUACGCCCAGCGACGCCUCAAACACAUUAGCAUUUUCUGCAUCAGCCCACAGAGGAUCAAUAUCUGCGGGCAAAUCAAUCUGGUCUGCUUUGACAAGACUGGAACUCUGACAGAAGAUGGAUUAGACCUAUGGGGAGUGCAGAGGGUUGAGAAUGGCAGUUUCCACCUGUCGGAGGAAAAUGCCUACAAGGAAAAUCUUGUCAAGUCCCAGUUUGUGGCUUGUAUGGCCACCUGUCAUUCUCUUACCAAAAUAGAGGGCCAGCUGUCUGGAGACCCGCUAGACCUCAAAAUGUUUGAGGCUACAGGCUGGAUCCUGGAGGAGGCCACUGAGGAGGAAACAUCUCUCCACAACCGCAUCAUGCCCACUGUGGUUCGACCCCCAAAACAGCUGUUGCCCCCAGAGCCUGCCGCAUCACCAGAGCAGGACAUGGAACUGUAUGAGCUGUCGUCAGCGUAUGAGAUAGGUAUUGUGCGCCAGUUUCCUUUUUCCUCAGCACUCCAGAGGAUGAGUGUGGUGGCUCGUCUACUGGGGGAGAAACGUAUGGAUGCCUACUUGAAAGGAGCGCCAGAGGUGGUGGCUAGUCUCUGCAAGAAAGAGACAGUACCAGAAAGCUUUCCAGAGGUUUUGGAGGGCUACACCAAGGAGGGUUUCAGGGUCAUAGCUCUGGCUCAUCGUCGACUUGAAUCCAAACUCACCUGGCACAAAGUCCAGAACAUCAGCAGGGAUAACAUAGAGACAAACAUGGAAUUCCUGGGUCUGAUCAUCAUGCAGAACAAACUGAAGGCAGAAACCCCAGGGGUGCUGCAGGACCUCCACCGAGCACACAUCCGCACUGUCAUGGUUACUGGUGACAACAUGCUGACAGCCAUCUCUGUGGCCCGGGACUGUGGAAUGAUCCCUCCCCAAGACACAGUCAUCAUUGCUGAUGCCCUCCCUCCCCAUAAUGGACACGCAGCCAAGAUCACCUGGAGAUACGCUGACAAGCCGAGCAAGACCUCUCGCCUGGAGGAAGUGAACAUCAGUCUGGAGGAUGUGUGUCACGUAGAUGAGCCCAAAAGACAAGAACUGUACCAUUUUGCUAUGAACGGAAAAUCGUUUGCCGUCAUUGAGGAGCAUUUUCCUGACAUGCUUCAAAAGCUGGUGCUGCAUGGGACAGUGUUUGCCAGAAUGGCUCCGGACCAGAAAACCCAGCUCAUUGAGGCGCUGCAGGGCGUAGACUACUUUGUGGGGAUGUGCGGAGAUGGAGCAAACGACUGUGGGGCUCUGAAGAGGGCUCAUGGUGGCAUCUCUUUGUCAGAGCUUGAGGCCUCGGUAGCCUCUCCUUUCACCUCCAGGACCCCCAACAUCUCCUGUGUCCCCAGCCUAAUCAGGGAGGGGCGUGCUGCUCUCAUCACCUCCUUCUGUGUGUUCAAGUUCAUGGCCCUCUACAGCAUCAUCCAGUACAUCAGUGUCACUCUCCUCUACUCCAUCCUGAGCAACCUUGGAGACUUCCAGUUCCUAUUCAUCGAUAUUGCCAUCAUCCUCCUUAUUGUCUUUACCAUGAGUCUGAAUCCAGCGUGGAAAGAACUGGUGUCACGUCGUCCCCCAUCAGGGCUGAUCUCAGGGCCUCUGCUGUUCUCUGUGCUGACCCAGAUACUCAUCUGCUUGGGCUUUCAGACCAUUACAUUCCUUUGGGUCCGACAGCAGCCCUGGUAUACAGUCUGGACACCACUUACAGAUGUCUGCAACCAGUCAUCACACAUUAACGUGUCUGACCACAACGACACAGAAGUGGACGAUCACAACAUCCAAAACUUCGAGAACACCAGCCUCUUCUAUGUCUCCUGCUUCCAGUAUCUCAUUGUUGCCAUUGUUUUCUCAAAGGGCAAACCUUUCAGGCAGCCUAGCUACAAGAACUGGCCUUUUGUGCUGUCUGCCUUGAUUUUGUAUAUUUUCCUGCUGUUCAUCUUGUUCCACCCUGUCGAAGGUAUUGACGGGUUUCUAGAGAUUGUUUGUGUCCCGUUUGAAUGGAGGGUAAAACUCUUCCUCAUCAUCUUAGUCAAUGCUGCUGUGUCUGUUUUGGUGGAGACCUUCAUCCUUGACAUCGUCUUAUGGAAGCUUGUGUUCAGCAGAGAAAAACAGGGCGGCUUUGGCAUCACUCCUGCUGCCCCGACACCACAGGGGGGCAUUGACCUGGUGGCGUACAAGUGUCUGUCCUGGCUGUGCUGCCCGAGCAAGAUGACACCCAAGGCUCGCUACAUGCAUCUGGCCCAGGAGCUCAGUGUGGACCCUGACUGGCCUCCAAAGCCAACCACCACCACUGAAGCCAAGCCCCGCCCAGAAAACGGCUCCGCCUAUCAAAUCAUGAUCAACUCCUAGCACCCCCCACAUCACAGUAUUUAAUCUACCCCUUUCGUACGGGAGACAUGCAUAUGACACGUGUUCAGUGAACGCACAUUCAGCCUAUUCAAAUGAAAUUGUCACAGGAUAAUUGCUUGUCGUCGCCGUUCACUGAGACUUGCGUCUAAUAUUGUAGUUCCAUAGACGUUACUGCAAAACCAUUACACAUAAGUACCAAAUAAAGUUAAGUUUCAGUUCUCCCAGUACUCCUGCUCUCUCUGGCUCGCCCACUCGCAUGCUCUCAGGUCUCUCUUGUUUGUUUAUAAAUGUCAUUUAAACAUCAGUAACAUUAAAUGUAAUUCCCAUUCCUUAUUGCAAUGUAAGUUCACCGAAGCUGAGCAGCAUUCAACCAGGCUGGGAGAAGAGUUGAUAAGCCAGGUCGAAUUUGCGCAUUGACCUCUUUACAUUGACUGCCAAUGCAGGUUUAAUAUUUACUCACUUUAUCUGUGUGAAAGGGGUAUAAAAGAGAGACAAAGUCCCACUCCACAUCAGAGCUAGCUUCUGACAUACAUGUGCUGUCAGAAAUGUCAUUGAAGGUGUUGAAUGAUAAAAAUAACAAGGGCUGUGUUCGGAAUGGCAUACUAACGCACUAUUCAUACUAAGUAUUACGUCAAAUUGAGUAUAGUGCGUUCCAACGGCAUAGAAUGUGGAUUUUGUGUACGUGAGAAAUGCCUGGAUGUAUACUAAAUUAUUGAGUUUACUGGACAUACUCAACCGCCCCAAAAUGCAUUGCGUCUCUUCAGACUGCACAAUGGCAAUCAUGUGAUGCAGUCACGUGACUGUCUUGCUUGAGUACACUUUAGUGUGAACAGUCUGCUGGUAAUGGCAUACUUACUCGUUCAUUUAGUAUACAGUACGUACUGAUUGAGUAUGUAGUACGCUGUACGUUAGUAUGCGAUUUCGAACACAACCAAGAUUUAAUUAGCAACCACAGUACGAGACGUCAAUUUUAGAUGAAGAGUAAAAUGGCCUAAUAUCAUGUCUGAUCACUGAAAAAAAUAGAAUAAGGAGAAGUAGAGUAUAGGAAGAAGCAGAUGCUAGCCUAGAAAGAGGGGUUGUACUCUAGCCGUCUAAAGUACAACCCACUCUGACAGAAACGGCGAGUAAGAGAAUGGGUCGAUAAAGAGAGAGUCAGGAACAGUUUGAGGAAGAGGGCAGAAGAAAGAGGUUUCACUUUAAAAUGGAGAUAUUCUCUUAAAAGUGGAAGGACUGAUGGCGUUGAAGGAGGGUGGCGUAUUGGAUAGGUAGCGGUAGGUGGCUGUACUGACCAACUCUGUAUGAUCUGAUCAUAUAGUUUUUAAAAGCAGCAGCAAGUCCACUUCAUGUUCAUAUCUCUUAGCAGCCACCACCUCACUUUUAGGACGAUCACACAGAGAGUAACUUGUUUCACAGGUCUAACCUGUUGUCGGCGGUGCAGGUUCUGAUUGCUACUAUGUAGUGGUCCUAUACGGCUAAUGUACAUGUAUAGAGUCAUUUUAAUGAGCUAUACCACCUGGCAAGCACUCCUUAGAGAAUAUAGAAUCAUAACCAAAAAGAAAAGCUUUAAAGUUUACCAUUGACCCCCAGGGAUGACUGAAAUUACUAAUUUGAGACCAGUAUUCAGAUAGUCUUUCAAGCACACUGUGAGUUGUAGAAGAUUGGGAAUCUCGGAACAGUUGCAGUCAACUUGUUCAAUUGCACACCCCAGGCAGAAAACAGUUCAUUAUACAUCACAAUUUGAUGAUAGAAACUACAAAAUGAUGAACCUCAGAAACUAAUCUGAGGUUGCAUUUUUUCCCUCAUAAUUUGGCCAAAACUUUCGUACACAUUCAAAACAUUAUGGCUUGUAAAAAGUAAAGGACUUAAAGAGAACAGUGAGGGAGACAGAUGUGCUCAUCCUCUCUCAACCACAGACUGGGACCUGUGGCAGGAUUUCCUUUGUGUUUGUCAGUUUGUCAGAGUUUAGAUAGAUAUUUGUUAUGUAGAAAAAUAAAAAAUGACCAAAAAAAAAAAACAGACACAAAUUUCAUCUCAGCUUUUCGGUCGGUCCAGACUGAAAUAUCUCAACUAUUUGAUGUAUUGCCAUGAAAUUUGGCACAGACGUUAAUGGUCCUGAUUUUUUUCAUGUCACCAACCAGUCAACAAGUCUUCAGUUCAUAACAGGAUACCUCUAAAACUAAUGACUGAAUUCUCAUCAACCUCAGCUGUACUUUCAUAUUAAUGCAAAUACUAAAUAUUAGCAUGUUUCACUUACAUGUUAAGUGUUGGCAUACCAUGCUAACAAGUCUGACUGGCCUUUCCUCUGGCGCUCCCCUCAGGCAAAACUUUGCCCCACUAGUGGUAAAUGUUGUUUUCUAGUGUGUAAUGAGCAUUGCACCCUCAUGGGCCACUAGUGUGGCUAUAAACCUUUUAGUCUUAUGUUUUUGCAUCUAUGAGCCAUGUACUGUCAGCAUCUAAUGACACCAGACAGGAGACUGAAAGCAUACCAAUACUUGCAUGAAGCCAGCUCCCUAUCGUCAUGUUUCUGAAGACUUGCUGGUUGCAAUACUAGAAAUAUUACUACAAAUACUGUAGAAUUAAGAAACAUUUACAUUGACAUUUGUCUUUAAAAAAAAAAAAAAAAUCUGCACAAGAAACUACAUGGAUCUGGGUGGUUAUCGUGGACAUUUAAUCACAUGCAUGAGACCAUAUAAAUCAAAGCAUCUUACGUUUACGAACUCAUGUCAGUUUGGCUCCAGAAAGCCAUUAGUACUACUUACAUUUCUUUCUAUUUUCUUUUUUUUUUAAACAAAAUUUCUUCCUAUGGAAGACUGAUUAAAAGUUUAAUCGUAAAUUAAGGCAAGGCAUUGUGAAUCUCAUCAGCUCACUGUUCUUGGCACUUUCAAAACAUCCAUGCAACAACAACACGCACAACACAAGAUUGAUGCUGGUUACCAUAUACACUUGUAUUCAUGUAUUACACAUAGGCUACCUGCAUACAGAGUUAAGGGCUAUAUUUUAUGUUCACUGCUCUUUCUUUGAUAUUUAAAGUGAUGCUCCCCAGAAUAUAUUCUUUAAGUGUCAAACACUCUCUCACUCCCUCUAAAUUUGGAAGAUGUCUGUAAAAGUUUGUAGUUGUAAAUCUGACUGUGAAAUUCUGUGAAAGAUAGAUUCCAAUAAUGGCAUACUGAGCUAACAGAUGGACAGCGGAGAAGCUGUUUUACACUCCAAGAGUGGGUUGAGGAGUUCUCGUGCAUUUUGUUACUUUUUUUCAGCCAUGAAAAUUGGUACCAUUGGAAAUCAUUAUAACUGACUGAAUUCAGAUAGUGUUUGAUACUCAAAAGGCCGAUUUUAGGGUGGAGUAUCACUUUAAAUCAAAGACACCAACACACAAUGUCAGUAUAACUGUAUACUCUGCCUAGCAGCCUGCCUUUUGUGAAUUGUAUGGUUUAAUAUUAAUGAUUUCAAAUUGUGUAUGUCUCAAAGUAUUUUCAGAGUGCUUAAUCAGUGGUUAUGAGACUCCAUUUCAAAAGAAUGUCAAACUAAAUGUAAUAUUACUCUUCCUCCCUGACAAAAUUUAAGCCAAUUUUUUUCUCAAACAUCUGGUAACAGUGCUGCAUUUAAUGACACUUAAUCAUGUAUGACAUUGCAUUUAGCUUGUCCAUUGUUUAUUAAUGAUUUAUUAAUUUAGAAACAAAAUCAAAAACAGAUUUCCUUAAUAUCAGUAAUAACAAGAGUCUGAAGUUGCUCAGUUCCUAAAAGCCAUUGUCUAUUGAGAUACUUAUAAUGAUAUUGCAAAUGCAUUUGCAAAUUUGGGAUUCAUACUGUUUUUAUGACAAGCUCAAAUGUGAUGUGUGACCAUAGUUUUAAUGGAUACAUUGUUUAUUUGAUGAGAAAAAUUAUAGUAUUUUGUGGCUAAAUUGUCAGUGUGAGAAAUAGGAUAUAUAGAAGGUGAAACUGGUGAUAAAUGUAUAACAAGGCUCAAAUGGACAUUCUUGUGCCAAUUAUAAGAAUGAUUCUGAUAUUUUGUCAAAAAAUGUCUAAAUUACUUAUUUCUGUUGGAUUUCAACAAUUUUGCUGAUGUGCAUGGGUCACAUGGGUUUCUAUGCCUCUGAAUAUUCAUUGGUAUUUUUUCUUUUUAUAUUUGCUUUCAGGGUUUCUUUUUUUCUUUCUAGAUACCUACUGAGGCUAGAAUUGAAUGUUGUGUAAAGAACAAAAUUGAAUGCAAGGCAAUACUAUGGUUAUUGAUUCUAUUUCCAAAGACUUUUCAUCACAUCUGUAUUGAUUAUUGAAAAAAGAGAAGGAGGAAAAGAUAAGAAAAGUUUAAUUUUAGCCUGUGUUCAGUUCUGUCAAAUCUGAUUUGACUCAGCAGAAGUAGUGAUGAUAAUAUUAGGUUGGAUUCUAUCUGUGUGUGUGUGUGUGUGUAUGUAUGUAUGUAUGUAUGUAUGUAUGUAUGUAUGUAUGUGUAUAUAUAUAUAUAUAUAUGAUGUACAUUUCUAGUGUGUGCAUUAAAGUAAAAAUAUUUAGUUAUAAAAAGGUAUGGUUUUUGGAUUAUCAAAGGGCUGGUGUGUCUUCUAUUUUGGUACUGUGUUACAAUCAGUUGUCUGUCUACUUUUGAUUUGUACUGUCUUUUGGAUUUAUUUGUACUUUCACUUUUGUUAUGUAGUUGCAUUAGCUUGGAUCUUCCUUAUUUGGGCAUGAAUCAUGGGCAUUUAUUUCACAAUUUGAGGUAGUUAUUGUGAUGUAUGAUUGGGGGACUUGAUCAAUAUUUGUUCUGUCUUGAGUAAAUAUAAUGCAGCACAUGUCUACUUUAGAGCUUGAAGAAAGUUAAACCCAUCCUGGUUUAUGUGGAAAGAUUUGUCUGUGAAGGUUCCUGAAGUAGAUCUACUUCACAGCUUUUUGUUUGCUUCUGUUUUGCUUCACUUUGUAUAAAACCAAGGACCUGACACAAGAAGGGAAUUAAUCUGAUGAUGUGAUGAUUUGGCGCCUCCUCUUAGCGAUUUCAGAACAUCUGACAAUCUUGUUACUUUUCUGUCCUAUCAUUUAAUGUAAAAUGUAAUUGGCAAGAAAGACUGUGCAUUGCUGCUCGAUAUCAGCAGUCUGUUGUAGAAGUGAUUAUAUUGCUGCUAGGGUAAAAAUGAUUCAGUCUCAGCUGUGUCAUAACUGUAACCUUGAUACAAAAAAUUCAUCAAUUUAAUGACGCGCAAAGUGUAAAUACUACUAUUGCAUUUCUUCAGCGCUACAGUUUUACCAUUUUAUUCUGAUAGCUAUGUCAAAGUAACAUAUUUUAUGCUGAAACCUCACUAUGUUCCUAUACAGGUACAACAUAUACCGACUGUUGACAGUUAGCAUUGGCCUCCUAUUCACAUCAUGUAUUUUAAACAAACCAUCGAACGGCAUUUAGAUUGAAUCAGCCACUGAGUAUAUGAAGCCUCAUGUGGAUGUUGUUUCCUCAGGGAAAUGUCUAUUUGUAAUGAAUAGAGAAAAUAAUAAAAGUUGAUACCCAAACUGAAUGAAAAUAUAUUGUUGGUAAAACGUUUUAUUACAGUCCAUCUGUAUGUCAGCUCUUAAAGUUCAGUUUAUUUGGUGUGCUUUUAUUAACAGCUCCCACACCUCAGCAAGAGGCUCUUCUGGGGUAUAUGUAUUGUUUUUAUUGGCAGAGAUGUACAUUUUUUGAAGAUUUUUGUACUUUAUAAUUUAUUUUUUAUUUAUUUUCAUUUCUUUUCCCCUGAGGAUUGUAUUUCAGAUUUAUCUUGAUUUCUUUCUUUUCAAUAAAUGUUCUCAAAACGG